CAACAGGAAUGUGCAUAACAGUAAUCCAUUGAGAAAUAGAUCAAGUCAAAAUGAAUAUGAUGUAGAAAUUUUGCCAUACAAUAGAACAAGAUUGAUUCUAAGACCAUUGGCUUUUACACUUGUAGUAAGUUGCUACUUUAUUUACUACUUUAGUUAGCUAGUUUACCAUUUUGAUUUGUACCUGUGUUAUCCAGUUUAUAUGCCAUUUUGAUUUGUAUCUAAUUUUAUAUUUAUUGACAAUGGAAUAAGAACUUUGAAAAAUGACCUGCAUCUCUGAAGUCUCUUAAUUCAUUUGCACUGUAGUGUAUAUAUCCUUGUCGCUGAAUGGAUUCUGUUUUAGGACUUUUCUUGUGAUGUCCUACAGUGAUAAAUUACAGUAUCAGAUCUUAGAGACCUCCGUUUCUGUACGAAAUAUUUUACAGGUCCUUUAUCAGGUGCUUAUGAAAUUUUUGUACUUUAAGGAGAGGCGUUUAUUAUACGUAAGAGUCUAUUAAGAAGAGACAUUUCUUCUUUUCAGCAGUUUGUUACAGCAGUUUCCAAACAAAAUCUUUUUCACAACAUUAGCAAUGGACUUCAAAUAAGCCCCAUAAUCCAAACAUAGUAGACUGUUACGUCAUUGUUUUUAAGAGUUCCGUUUUCGUUUGUCAAUAAGUGGUGAAACUUACCCAAUGGCAAUGUUUCUAAUUGAUCUCGCUCAAACUAUAACAUACUGUAAUAUAUCGUUUGCAAAUGUAGCGUUUUUAGGCCUAUUCCGCAUAGGCGUAUGCGUAUUUGUGUUGAUAUGAAGUAUUUCUAAAUUUGGACCGUCUCGCUCGAUGGGACAGAAUGUUGAAGGUUUUGUAGAUGGAAAUUUUGAGUGAAGAGUACAUUACAUAUUUUAGACCUAAUCUGGAGCAGUCGCGAAAAAUGCAACCAUAUAUAGGCCUAUCAACAGAGAUGUACAGUUGUAAUUCAGUUGUAAUUGUUUACUUUUAUAUGAUUUCCAGCGUGUUUUUCAGUUUUUCUAGUUACUAUGCUUGGCUCUGGAAUGGUGCGAACUUUUGCUCCUCUUGUAUGAUCUCCGUUAUUUGGCAUGCACAUAUGUCAUAUUAUUACAAAAAUAUUUCAUACUUGUCGCGCCUAUGCUUCAUUUCAUCCUUUCUUGUACAUUGGAAAACUGGGAUUUUUAAUAUAUUUAGGUAUCCUCAGGAAGUUUUGUUGCAGCAACAAUUGCACAAUAUGAAACAAUUAGAUCAAAUUUAUCGCAACAUUAUCGACGGAGUUAUUCACAUCUUGACAAAAAAUUGUUCAAAUUUAGACAACAGGUACAGUAAACAUCAACCUUCAAAUAUCUGCUCUCCCAAGUCAACAGUUGCAACGUAGUGUAGACUAAAACUAUAUAAUGUACUGUACCAUAAUUAUGUUGUUUCUGGACCAAAACUAUAUGUAUACAGGUACUGUACCAUAAUUAUGUUGUUUGUUGAUUUAAUUGCCAAAUCAAAUGGUCGGCCAAUGGCAAUGAUGAAUGCAUUUCUAUUAUGACUUCACUUUCAUGCCGUAAGUCGCGGGAUGUACAGUUUAUUCUCUGGAAUUGUAAGACAUGCAGACGAAUUCAAACUCAAGAGUCUGGCAGAUCCUCGUUUGGAUAUAGUCAAGAGAAUAUGAAGUGACAUUUCUUUCCACCAUCAGUGUGGGGAAUAAUUGAGUGCAAAAAUCUCAAAGGAAAAUUUUAAGCGCCCACAAGGACUGUUUUAAACGACGUAAGGAAGAACUAUAGGAUAUUUAACGUGAAACUACUAAAUAUCUACCUGAUGUCUUUGACAUUAAUUGGGACGAAAUAUCACAAAACCCUUGCGUUUUGAUAUAGGCUCUCAUUUUGUCGACGUUUUCAAAAUUGUACUCCCGCAUAACUGGAUUGACUGCAUAUUGUUUUAUCAAAUUUAAUCGAGUGUUACCAUUUGCAGCUAAAUAAAUGGUGGAACGCAUUGCAUCCUGGUGAAAAGACUGCUUCGGGUUUGUUUGAAAUUUUUGUUCGAGUUUAAAAGGUUUAUUAUGCAGAUGUCAUUGUGAAUUAAUAUAAUUUGUUGUAAUAACCUUUUUUAUUAAUGCUGUACUUAUUACAAAUUUUUUUGUUUUUUCCAUUCAGUUAUUAUCGCACUUAAUGUUGGUGUUUUCUUGCUAUGGAAAAUUCCGAUCUUACAAAAAACCAUGACAAAGUGGUUUACAGCUUUCCCACUCUCAGGUAUUGUGCUGUUGAUGUGAUUUUAUAAUAUAGCAUUUGUAAAUUCUGAAAUUUCUUUCUUUAUGUUUUUUGUGCUAUAUUAUAAAACAAAUAUAAAACAUUUUUUCCGUAUUGAUAUAAACAGUUAUAUCAACACUCGUGGAAAUUGGGAAAACUCGAAAUUGUGUGAAAACACUCCGCCCUUCGGGCGUCGUGUUUCCACACAAUUUCUCGUUUUCCCAAUUCCCACUCGUUGAUAUAACUGUAUAUCAACACGGAAAAUGUUUUAUAUUUGUUAAAUAUCACUCAGUUUUUGAGUGUUAAAUAUCACUCAGUUUUUGAGUGUUUUUGAGUGACAUGAUGUGUUAAAUUGUCCAGUAUAGCCUUAUCAUCAAUUUGCAUUUUUGUGUUGUACAUGACAUUAGGGUACCCAAACUGUGAGCUACUUUUGUAUAUAUUUUUAUAAAUUUCUCUGAAAGAAAAUUGGAAAAAGUCUGAACACUAUGGAAAAUCGGCCGGUAUAGUGGGUUAAUAAGGUACACUGCAGGCCGACACAUGCACGGUGAGGACGUUUACGUGACCUUGAGAAGUAUCUAAAUCGCGAGAGGUAUAACUUCAACGUCAACAGUCCUAGAAAGUUAAACUAUACAGUGGCUUGGGGGCAGUGGGGAUGUUUAUCUAUAAAGCAUUAACUCUAUAAUACUGUUCCUCCCGGACAACAUUGCACGUCUAAAUUUUCUAUAUUUAAACUCUCUUCGACUAUAUGAACAUGGGUGAACGAUCAUGCAUUCCUAGGUGUGAUUUAGUGCACGUAUAUAUAUUGACUGCUUAAAUGUGUUUUUAUCAGGUUUGUCUUUACCAAUGUUUCUCAGUGGUUUUAGUCACGUGGAGGCAUGGCAUUUAGCCUGCAAUAUGAUAGUAUUAUGGAGUUUCUCACCAGUUAUUUAUGGUACAGAUAAGUUGUUUCUUUUACGUUUUAAUUAUAGCUUAACAACAUUGUUUGUCAUAUAUAUAUAUAAUUAUAUAUAUAUAUAUAUAUAUAUAUAUAUAUAUAUAUAUAUAUAUAUAUAUAUAUAUAUAUAUAUAUAUAUAUAUAUAUAUAUAUAUAUAUAUAAAUACAGAUUCAAAAGCUUUUUUUAGGUGCGCUAUAAAACACGUGCAUCAGUGUAAUUCCAGUUCAGUCCUUAAAUUUGAUAGGACAAUAUAUAAUAACAAGAUUUACAAACUAGAAGUUAUUGAAUAUUGUUCUUGAAUUAUUGAUUACUCGCCUUCGGCUCGUGAUUUCGCGCGCUUUUCUUAACUCAAGCAACAUUCCCAAGUGUUUGGAUCAGGCCAUCCAAACACGGAAACCAUAAAUUAAUUGUUUUAUAAAAUAACAACUUUUCGUGUUAAAAUUUCACUUUAAAAAACUUUCGCUUUAAAUUUCUGUGUUUGGAUGGCCUGAUCCAAACACAGGUUUCGACCAAUCACAGCACGCGUUAUAUACAUGUUAUUUUAUAAAUAUAAUCAAUGAAAUAGAUUAUCAUCAUUUCAUGCAACCAGUUUCUUUUGCUACCUUAAAACCUGGCUGUAGUCUUCGGCAACCAACGUGUAUUAUGCUUGAUGAUCCAGACACCAAGUUUUUAAAAUUAAUAGCAACCGUCCGUUUUCAGAUCAAAAUAGUUUUAGUCAAUACAUAAUUAAUGUAUAUAAAUAAUGUAAGUAUAUAAAAUGCAAUUACAGACUGCUUAAGUAAAACAAAUAAAAAUACAGUAUAAUGAAAAGGUUGUUUUGUAUUUUUUAUAGACAUGUUAGGUAGAGAGCAGUUCUUAGCAUUUUACGUUAGUGGAGGU